ACGUGCAGGGUUGGAUUGCUCCGCCAGGCUACUUGCGCCCUGGCCGCAGCCGCUUCCGCGUCUCCUUUUUUCUUUAUUAUUAUUUAAUUUUACAUCGACAUAUUCGGUAAAAUACUGUUGUGGCUUUGUCCCGGACUGCACGAGAUGGACAAUAACUGCUCCGAAAAAAUAUUACGUUAGACUACGCCUGACUGCCGGCGUCGUCUGCUAUGGCCACCGAAAUGGAAACCACGGGGUCCGAGCGCGCUGCUUUUCUAAAAGGUAAACAACCGUUUUGUAUCGAAUUGAAGCUUACCAUCGUAUAUGGGCUUUAGGGUGCCCUUGCAGCUGACAUAUUUAACUGCAAGAAAUGCGUCCAGCGUAUAACUUCAUUCAUUGUCGGUGUGUAUCUAAAAGCGGGCCGCGGUUGACUCGACAAAGAAAUGGCAUGCGCAAAUUUACGCUCGUGUUUAUUACACAUACUCUUAUAAAGCACGAAGCAUGCGGUUUAUCCGCUUGGUGUGAGGUAACCAAACAUGCUUACAGCUGCAUGCAGCCGCAGUCUUUCUCAUAUGAUUGGAGGCAAACGCACGAUCGAGAGCCAUGUGCAAGCAAGCGCUUCAUUCCGAGUUGUAGCUAGAUAACAUUCUACGCGAACAGAAGUUUGUCUGCGGCCCGAUUUUGAUAUUUAGCUCUCGCUUUUUAUUGCUCGAAGCUUCUACGGUUGCCACACGGUGCAUUUUCGAUUGCCGUCGAGCCACAUCGGGAUGAAAAUUCUCGACGAUUAACUCCAAUCCCCAGUUUGCACAAAGGGGCCAAUCGCGAUAGAAAAAUACGGUGCCGAUAGGGAUCGAUUGCGAUAACAAAUGCACCGUGUACCAGCCGGCCGUAUUACUUUGCGCAUUCGAAUGCACUAACAUGUUGCAAGGUGUAGUUUAUCGUAGUCUAAAUGGCUAUUUUAUGUUUCAGUGAAAAUACCAGAGUCCAGCAUUUACAGCUUCAUUGACAAGCAGUACGACACUUCGCGUCUGCUACAAGAAGGUGAAUCGGUAUUUGAAGCUGGCCACGUUGUCGCCUGCAGCGUAAAACAACGUAAAGGAGAAGAAGUGACACUGGCUGGGCUAAUGCUGCAGACAUCAUCUAUAAACAAGGAACCUCAUGAGCUGGAAAUUGCAGUAAAGGAAAGACAGGUGACAGGUGCAUCAUGCUCUUGCAAAGCAGGGCAGCACAAGUGUAAGCACAUGGUAGCACUACUACUGCAUAUUCAUGCGACAGAAACAUUUGACGUCCUUUCUUCUACUGAUAUGCCUCAGCAAUGGGGUAAAGAACAGCUGACAGAUGCAAGAAAGAAGUAUCAACCAAGGCUGAUUGCAGAGUUGCCAUGCUCGAAAAAGCCGAGGAAAGAAGUCAGAAUACCUGAAGAAAACAUCCUCGAGAGGCUGCUCCAUGGAUUGCCUCAUGUGUGUUCGGCACUGCGCCACAGUGAAGGCAGAAGCAAUGCUGGUGCAUCAAGAGCAUCUCCUCUAGCUGUGAGGCAAGAUAAGUCGGAGGGAACGUGCAGGUCUCCAGCAUCCCCAGCAACCACUCGACAGGAGAACAGUAACGCAAUUGUGGAGCAGCAAAGCGCACUUGUCACACGACCAUCAACACUCACUGAAGCACUUGCACAAGCAAUGGAAACUGGAGUCAACAGAUGACAUGUACAGUUACAUUCAGCAUACAUUCACAGACUCAAACAAAGAAGAAAUCACUUCCAUAACCACACAACAAGCAGAUUCACUGCACUGGAUGUUGUACAGAAGAGGGAUGGUGACAGCCUCCAUUGCAUAUUCAGUUUACACAAGGGUGCACACGUUAAGGAGAAAAAUGGGGCCUCAUGACGUGCGGCCUCUUUUGAAGUCUAUAAUGAGAGAGCACAAUGUUCAAACUUCUGCAAUGUCACGAGGGAUUUUGCUAGAAAAGACAGCAAAGGAGGUCUACACAGCCAUUGGGUCGCAUACAAGUGUUACAGCGAAAGACACUGGCCUCCUAAUUUCAAAGGAGCACCCCUGUAUUGGCGCAUCCCCAGAUGGGCUAGUCACUUGCGAUUGCUGCCCGCAGCGGACUCUGGAGGUGAAAUGUCCAAUUAGCCUAGAUAAAUUCAGGCAGAAGGAGAUCGCAGUGUCCAAGGAUGAAAAUGUGUGCCUUAAGAAAACCAGCAAGUAUUUCUGCCAAGUUCAAAUUCAAAUGAUGCUUGCAAAAGUUCACAGGAGUGACUUUUUUGUGUUUCAAGACACUGAACACUUUCUUUUAUUUUCUGUUGAUUUCGAUGAAGUUUUUUGCAACUCUGUUGUAGAAAGGGCCGUGUACUUCUUCAAAUCCUAUGUUUUGCCACAUAUAGCACAGUAAAACAUUACAAGAUGCCUAA